AUGGAUGAUCAACGGCUCCUUAUCUUUGGCCGCUGGGUGAAUUCGUUUUACCACGCUUCGUCUUUGCUAGACUUGCGCAAUACCGUGAAGGUAGCCUUCGGCAUAGCCUACCUCAAGUUCCAACGCUAUGUGCACCACGAUCUCGCCACGCGCAAAUGCCUUGUUGGGGAGGGCAAUGUCGUCAAGAUUGGAGACUUUGGUCUCGCUUGCAUGAUUUUACAGCCAAAUCUGCUAACAGAUUUAACUGAACAACUAAAUGUGGUAUCCUACCUCAUUUAA